AUGUUGAACGCGACUCGGAUACUGCAUGUCAGCCCGUUUGCAGCAGCCUUCCGGCUCUCUCCAGCUGCUUGGCAAGCCCGAUUCCGAGCCAACUCAGAAGCCACAUCCGUGCAAGCCCUCACCCUCAUGGCGACGGCUGGCAUGCGCGUGCUGGUGCUGGCAGCGCUGGCGGUGGGGCUGCUAGCGGCGGCGGUGUGUGGAGCGCGGGACGCCAUGAAGGUUGCCAGGGGCCUCGUCCCAACGGACGGGGCGGGGGCGGCGGGGCAGCAGAGGAAGGGCGGGCGCAUUCUGGCGGCUGAGACCUACGCUCAUGACGCCCCUCUGCCCGGCUACCUCGACCACAUCCCCCGCCGCCAGGCCCUCGCCACCAGUACGUUGCUGCUGCUCCCUUUCUCCCUCUCUACGCUCGUUGCUGCUGCCAUUCUUUCCCUCUCCACCCGCGCUGGUGCCUUGGCAGUGCUUCUGUUGACGCCCAUGUCUCUGCUUUCCCCGCCAUUCAUUUCCCUGCUCCCUUCAGCACUCCUUUCCCUCUUCACCUCAGCACUCGUUCACCACCUGCUCCUCUCAGCACUCAUGUCCUUGUUCCCCUCAUCACCCAUUCUCCCAUCAGCACUCAGUUCCCUGUUCACCUCAGCACUGCUUUUCUGCUCCCCCACCACUCAGUUCCCUGCACCCCUCAGCACUCAUUUCCCAGCACCUGUAGCACUCGAAUUCCCGCAUCGAGUCCUUAAUUUCUUGUUCCACCCCAUCUACCCCAACCCUUACUCCUCCCCAGCCUGUGGGCGCACGACGGUGACGAUCCGGUCGCAGUACCUGGGGCCGUACGACCUGCACAACAACAUCUACAACAUGACCUUCUACAACGGCUGCGCCUACAACGUCACCAGCCCGCUGCGCGUGUACCAGUGUGCCAACUUCGGCAACGUGUGGGAGGGCAGCCUCGACAACCCCGCGCCCAACCCCACGCAGUACCAGACAGGCGACAUCUUUGUGCAGUCCUCGAUGGGGUACUGUGAGAUGCGCAUGAACCGCGGUGCUACCGGCACUGUGCAGAUGUUCCCCGGGGAGACGGUCAACAUUCUGAUGCGUGGACCAGUGACUGGCGCCCUUGCGCGUCGGAGCUGCGCUUCAGCAACGGCAACAGCUACUCCAUGGCCGACUCCCAAUCCCAUGCUCCCCCCUGUCCCCAAUCCCAUGCUACCCCCUGUCCCCAAUCUAAUGCUGCCCCCAGUCCCCAAUCCCAUGCUCCCCCCUGUUCCCAAUCCCAUGCUUCCCACUUUCCCCAAUCCCAAGCUCCCCCCUGCCUCCUCAUAG